AUGCGCGGCGGUCAAGGGAAGCGGUCGAAUAUCAAGAUAAUCGCCGAGUCACCACGCAUGAGAACGCGAUACGGUGGUAAAAAGACACAUCCACGUGAGAUUGUUGGAGCAACUUACCGCGUGGAUCCAAGUAAUUGGAACAUGGCUAUGAAAAGUGAUAAGCGCGUGGAAUGGAAGCGCGCCGCAAGCGCUAAAAUCGACUCGUUGAAAGCAAAUUCUACGUGGGAGUUGGUUCCACGAACUCAGGAGAUGCGACCACUCCAUACCAAGUGGGUCUUUAAAACGAAGACGGAUGCCGAUGGUAACAUCGAGCGUUGCAAGGCACGCAUGGUAGCGUGUGGCAACGAGCAGUCGUUCGGCAAGGAUUAUACCCUGACUUUUGCCGCAGUAAUGGAUAUGAAGACAGGCAAAGUCAUACUGGUACUGGCUCAGAUAUGGGGAGUUCCAACAAGACACAUAGACGUACCUAAUGCGUACGUGAAGGCGUCUACGGAGCCGGACCUUAAUAUCUACUUGUACGUCCCGCAGGGAAUGCAAAUUAGCAAAGAAGAAACUCAGCGACUUGGUGUUGAAAAUGCCGGUUAA